AUUCGUAUUCGUCCAUCUGUGGUGUCUCAGGAAAGGUCUGUAGAUUCUAGAGGCGUGCAAAAUAGCUCAUUUUGGUGAACAGCUCCGAACCGAUCAGCUCACCAAAGUGAAUCGAUUCGAUGUAUCAGCUCAUCAGCUCUUUUAUUUUGAACUUAAGGUUCAUUUUGUGCGCCGUUUUCUUAUGCACCGGUUUUUUUUCAAAUGCAUGAUCGAAAUUGAAUCAUUGAUUUGCAAUGAUGCAAUGAAUGCCAUGCGAAAUAAUUUAUCUUUAAUUGAUGUCGACUAAAUUGAAUCUCUUAAAGAGCCGAAGAUCCGAUCAGCUCGUAGCGUGUUCCCUGCGUCAUAAUGCAGUGAACUGGGUAGCAAAUGAGUGAGCUGGUGAGCUGCGGUUCCUUUGAAAAGAGCUGUGAGCUGUCAGCUCACUUCAAUGAUUCGAUUCACUGGAACAGCUCAGGAGCGAAUUGCCCAUCUCUAGUAGAUUCAUGCAGGUCACAAAAUGGAUAAAGUAUGCGACGUUUGUGGCCAAACUGAGUUUACGGUGGAAGCCGGUUUCUACUACUGUGUGGAAUGCGGUACGAAAUCAAAACACCAUGGACAGGAGCUGGUUGAUGAAGACUUGGCCAACAUGCGUUCCCAAGGGGCCGCCCUGCUUAAGCUGAAAAAGUAUAAAAAGUGUAAGCGAAUUACCAGCUGGGAACAAGCCAACUACAUACUGCUCGGACUGACGGAAAAGUUGAUUUCGUUGGGUGCUGAGGAGCGAUUGAAACUCGCAGUUCUACAGUUGUGGACUGCCUAUCUGCGUCGGAUGGAGAUUGCUUUCUUUGAUAAGAACAAACCGGAGAAACCGAGAAUGCAUGUGUUCUAUAAGAAAGUGGACGCCGAGAUACUUUACAAACGUAGAAAAAAACCGGCGAAGCGUAAGCGUGGUGAUGGUUCUAAGAAAGCGCAGCCGACAUCGAGUAAAGCAGCAUCAGAGCUUUCUUGCAGCACGGUGACAAAUAAAUCGGUAACAAGCCGUACUUCGAUGGUCCGAAAAGCACGGACAAAUCAACGACAAAUGAUGGAUGCUGAGUAUGACUCAAUCGUGGCAACCCAAAAGUCGGAUCUGACCAGUUCUCUGUAUGAUCUUUCAAUGCGGUCGCUCAAUUCAAGCAGAACCGGUGGCGACAGUGAUGCAAGUGAGGGCGUGGGUCAGAAAAUUCGAUUCUCUCGUUUGGCGAGGAUAAGAAUGAAGCGCAAAUUGAAGAUGAGCUCGGAACACAUUCGCAAACAUGAGCAAGACGUUGAGGAAAAGAUGAAAUGUCACCGGUCUAAGCACUGCGAUCCGAAACUGCCAAAAAAGACCUUUGCUGAGACCGCCGUGAAACGGCCCACCUGCUGGCUGAACCACCAGUCCGAGACAAGAACCUUUUCAGGAGAAUACCUGCUAAACAGCUACCGAAGCGCCACCUACCUCUGUUCUUGUCUCGGACUGGUGGUUCAGCCAGCAGGUGGGCCGUUUCACGGCGGUUUUGCUGAGAACCUGACUAGAAUGUUGCUGAGUACGUUUCUGGCUUUGGGAUUGAAUGUCAUCGAAAGCGAUGUUCAAUUGGCAGAUUUGAUACGCUUUUACCGAGAACAUCAUCUGCCGCAUAAAAAUGUGAUGCAGUAUUUACCUGAGGAACUGGAUCCAAGUUGUUACAAGGAAACAUUGAGCGUUUUUCAUAAGGGUGUUACAGCAAUGAUGCACAGCGAACUUCGAGAGUCGGUUAUGGAUUUGGCAAAGUUUCUGAACGUUAAACCAAAAACACCGGAUCUGCUGAAACUUUGUCGUCGAUAUCUGGAAGAGCUUUGUCUGCCGAUGGAUUUACUUGUUUAUAUAAAAAGAAUCAUGUCCGCAUUUCCUCCGGAAAUGCAAGAAUUUCGACCCAACCAGUUACCGAACUACGAAGGCCGAGCUAUGGCUUUUAUUUUGUUUGUUCUAAAAUUGCUGUUCGGGAUUAAUGGCACCAGUGAAAUGAAAAUGUCAAAAUCUGCAGCUAAAUUGAAUCGCACUAUCUCCAACCUAGGACUGUUCGACACUUCCGUCUUUGUAUUUACCGAAUGGAUCCGUUAUGUAGAAAUGAGGCGCGUUAUUUUGGGUCAAAUCAACAAUGCUAUCAACCGGCAGGUGGCCAACGAAGAAGGGGUUGAUCAAGAUGCUGAUAUAUUUAUAGAUCACACAAUGAGAAAAAGACGUAUGGUAGAUUCGUGCCGGGAUCCUCACGUUCGACAGAAGGUGCUGCUUUCAAAAAUCAAAGACGUUAUCACAAACAUUGUAGACACUCACCACCGGCACGGGUCUUCCCGUGACUGUCGAUCAGAUAUAGAAUUCGAGCCUAGUUUGACUCCCUACAAAUCCUACCUGGAACAGUUUCUGUUGGCGUACAACAAAGAUGGGAAAGUUCACAUACCGAACUUCAUGUCUGUCGAUCAUACCAAUCGGAUCGUGUCACCUUUCGUUAAUUUAACAGAUUUAAAGUAUCUUCUUUUCUCCAAUCAUCAAAUUCGUUUGAUUGCAAAAAAGGUGCCUUCAGCUUUGAAAUUGUUCAAAUUUACCGACACUACACCGAUACACGUUUUUGUCUCCGUGCAGCUUCUAAACGAAGAUCCGGUCAUGUACGCAGAAGAUUGCGAUGAUGAUGAGUGGGACCCCCCAGAGAAACCACAUGCCCAAGAAGGAAAAACUCAUGAAAAACUACUGAAUCAAAUUAUAAUUCGCAACGAAAUCGAAAGACAACGAACCGAACAAAUUGUUCAAGAUCAAUCCGAACAGCAGUCAUCAUCUGCUGCUGCCGAUACAGUCGAGGAAAAUGAAUCGUUUUCUAAUCACUCCGAAGAAAUGUUCUCGCAACUGUCGGACGAAAUCGCACCGAAUCAAGCGGCGGAGAAAUCAAACAGAAAAUUGCCGAUGAUGAGUUCCGUUCAUCUGCUGACUCCAAGCUACGAUUACUGGGUGCGGUUUUUUGGCCGCGGGGAAGUCAUUUCGUUUGAAACAUUCGAUGAACAGAUUGUCGACGGACUACCGGAUAAUUUUCGGCUAGUGCUGGAAGAGUGUGCCCGAGUUGUGGAGAACCGGCCCCAGUUCCUGUACCAGGAAUUGAUGACGCUGGAGACGUACUUUUUCUAUGCCAUACAACCAGUCGAAAGGUUCUUCCGUCCGGAUCAGUGGCCUGCCCAGGUCUUAUACGAAAAGGUUAAAAAGGAUCGACGAGUGACGUUCGCUACAAAGUACUAUUAACUAGUCGAUAUUGUGCAUCUUGCCGUCCAAUCGUUUCGGAGGUCACGUUUAGUUUCUUCUUUUUUUAAUAUAUAAUAUUCCAAAUACAA